AUAUUUCUCAUUCUCACGAUCCAUCCAUCCAUCCAUAUAGCAAGAGACCGAGUGUAGCGAUUAAAACCCCCCCUCGUCCACGCCAUUAAAUGCCCAUUGCACACCCUCUCAACUCAAUGCUCUCACCCUUUCCCCGUCCCUCUCCGCAUUUACUCCUCCUCCUUCCCCCUUUCCCUUUCUUUCUUCCUCUCGCGUCUCUCUUCUUCAUCUUCCUCCUCUGUCUUCUUCUCCAUCCUCUCCUCAUAAAACUUCCAUUUCUGUGUUGCUUCCAUUCUUUCAAAACUUAUCAAUGUACUCCUGAAUCACAAAACCAACAAAAAACCCACAUACACAACAACAACAACAACAACAACUCCAGGACAGCAAGGUUUCGGGAGGCGUAAAGGAAACCAAUCCAUAUAUAUCCAUCCCAAGCAAAGCCAGAUCCAUAGGCAAAAGGGAAGACUACGAAGAGAGAGAGAGAGAGAGAGAGAGAGAGAGAGAUCAUCACCAUAUAUUGAUAUUGUUGUGAAGAAGAUAGAGAAGGGUUUCUUAGGAGAAGAGAAGAAAGAAAGACACAGAAUAGGAGGGUUGGAUAUAGGGAGAGAGAGAGAGGGGAGGAGGAGGGCAAAAGUCAGCUCUCUGUAGUGUAGUAUACCCUUUUUGCCUAUUUUUCUUGCCCUCCCCAUAGAAUCUUGGAAAUACCCAAGUAAGUACCCAACCCUCUCUCCAAAAACAGUGCAAAUUACCCUUGUGUAUAUAUUAUAAAGGGUAAGUCAAAAAAAGGGUUACUAAGUCCAUAAACAUAUUUUUCAAAGCGAGAGAGAGGGAGGUGGCCGGCCUAGGGUUUGUGGUGUGGGGGGGUUUCGAAAUAUGCCAGCCGGAGUAAUGGUUCCGGCGAGAAACAUGCCAUCGGCGGCGGCCAUUCUCAGAAACGGCGGUACGAGCAGUAGCAGUAGACUCGGUAUUGGUGGUGUUGAUGGUGGAUUUUGUUCAUCUACUCUUCCAGUACUAGGCCAGCCGAGCAUGAUGGACGGAAUGGGAGGGAUUCAGUAUCACCACCUAGACAUGAUGACUCAGCAGCCCACGCCGGAGAGUGACAUUCCCGGCGCCGGCGCCGAGUUCGACAUCAGCGGGAACACCAGGUCCGGCGGCAGCGACAACCAGCUGGAAGGCGGCGGCGGGUCCGGUGAUGAUCAGGAGCAGCAGCGGCCUAAUAAGAAGAAGCGCUACCACCGCCAUACCCAGCACCAGAUCCAAGAAAUGGAAGCAUUUUUCAAGGAAUGUCCACACCCAGAUGACAAGCAGAGGAAAGAGCUGAGCAGGGAGUUAGGGUUGGAGCCAUUGCAAGUCAAAUUCUGGUUCCAAAACAAGCGCACCCAAAUGAAGACACAGCACGAGCGAGUAGAGAACUCCCAAUUGAGAGCAGAGAACGACAAGCUGCGAGCGGACAACAUGAGGUACAGAGAAGCCCUCAGCAACACCUCUUGCCCCAAUUGCGGCGGCCCUACCGCCAUCGGAGAAAUGUCCUUCGACGAACACCAUUUGAGGCUCGAAAACGCCAGGCUCAGAGAAGAGAUCGAUCGCAUAUCGGCCAUAGCAGCCAAGUACGUGGGGAAGCCAGUGAUGAACUACCCGCUCAUGUCCUCGCCCAUGGUGCCACGUCAGCUCGAGCUCGGCGUCUGCAACUUCGGAGGUUCGCCGGCGGGUGGAGGACCAGUAGACAUGUACACCGGCGGCGGCGGAGGAGAAGCGGCGGCUGGGGAGCUGCUGAGGUCAAUAGGCGCGCCGCCGACGUCAGAAGCCGACAAGCCGGUGAUCGUCGAGCUGGCGGUUGCGGCCAUGGAGGAGAUGGUGAGGAUGGCCCAAAUCGGCGAGCCCUUGUGGAUCGUGGACGGCUCCAAUCUGGUGCUCAACGACGACGAGUAUCAUAGGACUUUCCCCCGCGGGAUUGGGCCGAAGCCCAGUGGGCUCAAGUGCGAGGCCUCCAGGGAGACUGCGGUUGUCAUCAUGAGCCACGUCAGCCUCGUUGAGUAUCUCAUGGACGUGAAUCAAUGGUCUGGUUUGUUCUCCGGAAUAAUAUCGAGGGCUAUGACAUUGGAAGUGCUGUCAACUGGAGUUGCAGGAGGGAACUACGACGGAGCACUGCAAGUGAUGACGGCUGAAUUUCAACUCCCGACUCCACUGGUCCCAACCCGCGAGAGCUACUUCGCCAGAUACUGUAAGCAGCACGCCGACGGGACGUGGGCGGUGGUCGACGUUUCCUUAGACGAUCUACGGCCUAGCCCGGUGACGGGCCGGUGCCGGAGAAGGCCCUCGGGUUGUUUGAUCCAAGAAAUGCCUAACGGUUACUCCAAGGUGACGUGGAUAGAGCACGUGGAAGUGGACAACAGGGGAGUCCACGAUCUCUACCAACAGAUUGUUGACUGCGGCCACGCCUUCGGGGCAAAACGGUGGGUGGCAACACUAGACCGGCAGUGCGAGCGGCUCGCCAGCGCCAUGGCGACCAACAUCCCAACCAAUGACGUCGGCGUGAUCACGAAUCUAGAAGGGAGGAAGAGCAUGAUGAAGCUAGCAGAGAGAAUGGUGGUGAGCUUCUGCGCCGGAGUCAGCGCAUCCACAGCUCAUACGUGGACGACAUUGUCCGGAACCGGAGCCGAUGACGUCCGGGUCAUGACCCGGAAGAGCGUCGACGAUCCGGGAAGGCCGCCGGGGAUCGUCCUCAGCGCCGCCACUUCGUUCUGGCUCCCUGUCCCUCCCAAGAGGGUGUUUGACUUUCUCCGGGACGAGAACACUCGUAGCGAGUGGGACAUUCUGUCAAACGGUGGAGUGGUGCAAGAAAUGGCUCACAUUGCUAAUGGACGUGACACAGGCAAUUGUGUCUCUCUUCUUCGUGUCAACAGUGCGAAUUCGAGCCAGGGGAACAUGUUGAUACUGCAAGAGAGCUGCACGGACCCGACGGCGUCGUUGGUGAUCUACGCGCCGGUGGACAUAGUGGCGAUGAACGUGGUGCUCAACGGCGGGGAUCCGGAUUACGUGGCUCUGUUGCCGUCAGGGUUUGCCAUUCUACCUGAUGGAACCAGCGCCGGGGGAGGAAGUGACUCUGAUGGCGUGGCUGGUGGAGGAGGCGGCGGCGGGUCUCUUCUGACGGUUGCGUUUCAGAUACUGGUGGAUUCAGUUCCGACGGCAAAGCUUUCUCUCGGAUCGGUUGCUACUGUUAACAAUCUCAUUGCUUGCACCGUCGAGAGGAUCAAGGCUGCUUUGUCUUGUGGUGAGAAUGCCGCCUGACAGGAAUCGUUAAGGUUGAUAUUAACUUGAAGAAGACGUAAUGGGAGGGAGAAUUGGGGGGAUGGGAUUAGAAGUUAUUUUUUUUGGAUUUUGUCAGAAGGAACAAAACAGGGGAUUGGAAAGGAGAAGUCAAGAGCGCACCUUACAUGAUCCUUUAUAACUUGUUCAUGGUAAGUUUUGCUAAUGUAACAGAAGGCGAGGGAGUCAGUCAUGGUCUCCUGGACUAACCCCAAUUGGCAAAAGUUCCCAUGAGCGAUUGAUGAGGAUUAGAGGUUCGGGAAUUGACUUCCAAAGAAGACAUGAUGAAGGAGAUGAUUAUUAUUUGAUUCAUUUGCUGUUUCUAGAGAAUCCUGUUUUAUCUCUCUCUCUCUCUCUCUCUCUCUCUCUCUCUUUGUAGUUUACCUUUCAAUUUCUAAUCAUAACAAUUUAGUUUUUCACUGUUCAGAGUGCAAAUUGUCAGCACUACCGAGUCCUGCUCUCGCUCUUGUGUUACCUCUUAUCAUGUUAUCUGAUGCCCUAUUCUGUGCUUCUGUUCUCACUUCUCAGGAUCGAUUACCAGAUAAAAGAUUGAGCC